AGCCGACUCAAGGCACUUUUAUUUUCAGGAAAAGCCUUCAAGUGGUAGUUAUGAAGAUAUCCGGGGUUAGACUUAUCAAGAGGUAGUCAUGAAGAUGUGCGACUGGCUUAUAUGUGGAAAUUUUGAUAUUUUAAUACAUUGUAUGUGGGUUUUAUUUAAUCCUUCUGAAGAACUUCAACUGUACUUGAACCUGCGUAGGAGGAGGACGAGGGGUGCGCGCGCGCACAUACACACACACACACACACACACACACUCUCUCUCUUUCUCUCUGUCUGUCCUCACCAUCGGAAUCAGUCACUGCAGUCCCCGUAUACCGGUGAGCUACCCCUCUCUUGGUGUCAUUUUCCCGCCUACUGGAGGGACCCCGCGGCUCUGACCUGAUCGUUCCACUAAUUAGCCUCGGUCGAGGAGAAGGUACAGAAAGGAUACCACAGCAAGAUCCAAUGGAAGGAUCUAUGAGAAUGAACGUUAGAGCUUAAAGCAGGGCUUCUGAGAAAUGUUUCCUCGAAAUAUGAACAUGUCUGAUGACCGGAUCAACUGCAACAUCGACCACAAAAUUCACCAGAACCUUUUUUCUGGCACCUACAUCCUGGUCUUAUUAGUGGGACUUCCUACCAAUGCCUAUGCUCUCUAUCAUGCUUGGCUGCAGCUGAGGGCUCGCAAUGAGCUCGGGGUCUACCUGCUUAACCUGACUGUUUCUGACCUGCUGUAUCUGGCCUCUCUGCCUUUCUGGCUGCAGUACUUCUUUUACGGGGAUAACUGGAUGUACAGUGAGCUAGCCUGCAAAGUGUGUGGCUUUCUGUUGUAUGACAACAUCUACAUCAGCAUCGGCUUCUUGUGCUGUAUUUCAAUAGACCGUUAUCUGGCUGUGGUCUAUCCCCUUCGCUUCUCCUCACUCCGCACCAUGAAAGCAGCAGCUCUGGUCAGCGCCAUAGUGUGGGUCAAGGAACUGGCAGUUGGCAUCGUCUUUUUCCAGCACAAGGAGCUGAGCCCCGACACGACUAACCACUCGGUGUGCUUUGAGCACUAUCCAAUGAAGUCUUGGGAGCGUUCCAUAAAUUACUACCGUUUUUAUGUAGGCUUCCUGUUUCCAUUAGUAAUUCUGUCUGUCUCAUACUUUUGGGUUCUGCGGGCUGUUGGCAAGAGUACAGGGACGCAGACUGGUCAAAAAAAACGCAUAAAAAACCUAGUCACCAUCACUAUCCUCAUUUUCCUGGUGUGCUUUUCGCCGUACCACAUCUUUCUGCUAGUGCGGACGUGUCUGGAGUAUGAUUGUCCUUUUAUUGAAAAGAUUUUCAACUAUUAUCACUUCUCACUCCUGCUCACUACUUUGAAUUGCGUAGCUGACCCAGCACUUUAUUGCUUUGUCAGCGAAAGUGUACAGCACAGCAUCCAGCAAGCUGCAGAGGCAUGUGUACAUGUUCUCUGCUGCUGUUCCAAAUGCAAGAGCAGCUACAACACGGACUCUGGUGAGGCAGCAACAACUAUUGACAAUGGCACAGGCACCGCUGUGGUCAAACUGCUUCAGCAAAGCAAGGUUGAACUGUCUAAUUUGUGAUUUUUUUUGUUUUUUUUUUGUUAAUAAGCUUUUCUUUUGAACCAGAAAGAUAAUUUGCCAAAGCAUGUUGCUGUAUGUCUGUGUAUUUUUGUCUUCGUUCCAUCUUUUGUGAUAAAUAGAAGUGCUGUAUACUUCACUAAUGCCUUGUCUAGACCAUAUGCAUGAAUUUGCUGCUGCUGAUUUUAAUGCUUUUGUAUCAGUUUUAUUGAUGUAAUUCUCAGGGACUGUCAAUAACGAGUGCCAUUUAGAUUUCGAGGGAGAAAUUAGUUGGUAAAGGGACAGACCAUGCCAGUCAAUUAAGCCUAUGGAGUUCCAUGUCUUGUUUUGUUUUUUUAUACAGUUUGUAUAUGUUCAAAGAUUAUUUUUAUUUUACAGUUUUAAUGUUUAAUAUGCUGACUGUUUGAUGAGGGAUCAGUACAUAUUUUCAGUGUGUGCUUGCAAAUGUUUACAUUUAAAAUGCAUUUCUAAUUAUUCUAGACCUCUUGAAGAUAUAAUCACGUGUAUAUAAAUUAAAGUAUAUGCCUUUGUUAAUAA